ACUGGUGGCGGCUUGACCUCAACCCCAAAGUAGUGGCUGCUGUUAGAAAAGGUCAGUGCUGCUCUCUUUUGUAUAAAAGAUUGCUGGAAAUCUGAGGAGAAAAGUAGACCGAGAUAGUGGAGGUGGAAUGGAAUGGAAAUAGUUACAAGGCAGCAGCUAAAAUGCUUAAGAAGGAACUGCAGAUGCUGGAAAAUCGAAGGUAGACAAACCAUGGCCAUGGCUACCUGGACCAAAGAUCCUAGAGGAGCAAGAUAGACCACGCCUCCGAAAUCCAAUGGACUGACGUGUAGUACGUGACGGAACGUCACGGCCGCCAUUUUUCAAUGCGACACGCGACUUCCGCAAACAUCCAAUCAAUGAAAGAGAUCUUGAGCUUAUCGGGACCGGAUCUGCAGCGACUUACUAAACUGUCCAAUCGUGAUGUGCAGUAUUUGCAUAAAACUGUUGCUGUGGCAACAAAGAGUGAUCCAGUGGUAACAGCCCUCCAGAUGUACAAUGGACAAUGUCCUUUUCCAACCCAGAAUCAAAGACUUAGCAUGGGUUGCCCAAUAUUGGACUUGCUACUGAGAGGUGGAAUUCCAUUAAUGGGAAUUACAGAAAUUGUUGGAGAGAGUUCAGCAGGGAAGACUCAAAUCUGCAUGCAGCUCUGUCUGUCUGUACAGUUCCCAUGCAGAUAUGGUGGACAGGAAUCAGGAGCUGUGUAUAUUUGUACAGAGGAUGCUUUUCCAAAUAAACGUUUGCAGCAAUUGAUUGCCUUUCAGCCCAUGUUAAGAGCUGAUGUACCUGCUGACGUUGUAAACAAUAUUAAGUUUGGUAACAACAUCUUUAUUGAACAUGUUGCUGAUGUGGAAUCCUUCAAUCACUGUCUUAGUAAAAGAAUACCAAUAUUACUAUCACGUGGCUUGAUACGUCUGGUAGUGAUAGAUUCGAUUGCAGCUUUAGUCAGAUGCGAAUUUGGGGCCGCUGAUUCUAUUGUGAAAGCCAAAUGUCUUCAGAAGUUUGGAACUAUGCUUCACCACCUCAGCCAUAGGUUUUGUAGCCCCAUCAUCUGUGUCAAUCAGGUAACAGGUGCAGUCAGUGAUUCUCAUUUGGCUCAUAGUGAACUUGGCUUGUUGGACAGAAGAGUAUUGCCAGCCCUAGGAUUAACCUGGUCAAAUCAACUCUUGAUGAGGCUGAUGGUUUGUCGGACACAUAUAUGCAUAGAAGGAAAGCUUCCUGAAGGCGAAGUUUGUGCCUCAACUACUGGGACAGUUAUACGAAGAAUGGAAAUUAUUUUUGCCCCUCAUCUUCCCCAAUCAUUCUGCAACUAUAUAAUCAACGAACAAGGUGUAAGGGGAAUGAAAGAAAGAGGUGUCACUGGAACGAGAGAAGUUGGUAUGAACAAACUAACCAUCAAGACCAUACUCAAAGUUUCAAUUUAGGUGGUGUCUGCAAAAUAAGCCAGUUCGGUAUUCCGAAAAACACAAGGAAUCAUGGGAUUUGGCAAAGGUCAUUCGAGAAUUAAAAAAAGCGAACAGGGUGCCUGGUAGCGAGGGAGAGCAGGGUGUUACAGCGAGAGAGAGAGGGGGGGCAGAUGCGAGUGGGAGAUGGUGAGAGGUGGGGGAGAGAGGUUUCAGAUAGACAGACAACCACUGGUAAAGCCAUGGCUCAUUGCUUCUAGGAGUCGAGAAACUGUCCUCAAUCGAGAGAAUGCGACUUCAGAACCCCCUCGUCUCGACCGCGCUGGAGAUUUCCGCGGGCGCAAGGAACAAAUGACCUAAAGUUUGCGUUGAGUGAACUGAGUGUUCUUACCGUCCUCGUCGUACACCGGCGUUUUUUUAAAAUAAUAUUUUUUAUUAGAAGCAUAUGCAUAUCAUGAUCAAAACCAAUACAGACUUUGUUUAACGAUUACAUAUUAUUAGUAUCUGGGGUCCCAGGAUCCCAGCUAUCAAAAUUUCUGGGGUACUCAUUUAUCAAUUACGUAUUAACACUGCUUCUAAUUGUUUAUUUUUAUUUAUAGAUAAGAAAAGAAGAGAAAAUUAAAUUUUAAAAAAAGAGUAAAUUAUCAAUAAUAUAGUUUAGGCGAUAGGUCCGUAAGUUAUAAAACGUAACUAUUCAUCUAAUCCUGGAUUCAAGUUUCAGUCAGGCUCCCGCGCUGGACCAGUCUACCCCUUAAAAUAAUCUAUAAAUGGAGACCAUUUUCUAGCAAAUACUUCUGGUUUGUCAAUUAAGACAAGUCUAAUUUUUUUCAAAUGUAAGGUCUCCGACAUCUCCAUAAUCCACAUGUUAAUUGUGGGGGUUAUUGGGUUUUUCCAAAAUUUUAAUAUUAUUUUUUUCCCCAAUUAUUAUACUAUAAUCAAGGAAAUUUCUUUGGCUUGUUGUAAGUUUUAGGCAUUGUCCUGAUAUUCCUAGUAUUAUUAGUUUAGAGUUGGGAUUCAGUUGGAUAUUAACAACUUCGGAAAUAAUUAAAAAAAUAUCCUUCCAGAAAUUUUUGAUUUUUAUGCAAUUUACAAAAGUAUGGGUUAAAUUAGCCGCUGAAUAUUGACAUUUGUCACAGACGGGAGAUAUUUGGAAAAAUUCUAUUUAAUAUUGUUUUAGAAUAAUGCAAUCUAUGUAGUACUUUAAAUUGUAUUAAAGAAUGUCUGUCAUUUAACGAGCAUUGAUGUACAGUAUGUGUUGUAGACUUUCAUCCCAAAUAUCUUUCGUUAUAGGUUGAGCUAAUUCAUUUUCCUGUGCUUGUCUAUAUAA